AUGGCAGGCCUCUUCGUCUGCUCUUGCCACGCGUCCACCGCCGAUAUGACCCGAUUCUCCCCUCCGGCCAUCGGAGGCUGCUUUCUCUCCCCUCCUCCUACGGCUACUUCGAAUGCGAUGCUGCUGCAUAAAGGAGAUGCUGGUGGCGGGUACCUGCCGGGUAUUGGGUCGUCGGAGAUACGGAGGAAGCGGCGGGUUAAGCGGAGGCGGCAGCUCAAGUUCGUUGUCUCCGCGGAGGUUUCUAAGUCCUUCUCCUUGAAUUUGGGGUUCCAAGACUCUCAGAAGCACUACCAGCCUCAUGACUUGUCACAGUCACCUUGGAUUGGUCCGAUUCCGGGGGAUAUUGCUGAAGUUGAGGCAUAUUGCAGAAUUUUCAGAGCAGCUGAACGACUUCAUACUGCAUUGAUGGACACAUUAUGCAAUCCAGUGACUGGGGAAUGUAGUGCUCCAUACAAUUUCCCCGCAGAGGAAAAACCUAUGUUGGAAGAUAAAAUUGUAUCCGUCCUUGGAGCUGUUCUAUCGCUUCUUAACAAAGGAAGGGAAGAUGUUCUUUCUGGACGGUCCUCGGCCAUGAGUUCUUUUCGUAUCUCAGACGUGAGCACGAUGGAGGAUAAGCUUCCACCGCUUGCUAUUUUCAGGAGUGAGAUGAAAAGAUGUUGCGAAAGUCUGCAUGUUGCUCUUGAAAACUACUUGACACCUGAUGGUGAUCGAAGCCCGGAGGUGUGGAGGAAGCUGCAAAGGUUGAAGAACGUUUGCUACGAUUCUGGCUUCCCUCGUUCCGAUACAUAUCCUUGUCAUACAGUGUUUGCAAAUUGGAAUGCUGUUUAUUCAUCAACUUCAAAAGAAGAAAUAGCAACAGAGACUUCUGAGGUACAAUUUUGGAUGGGUGGGCAGGUUUCAGAGGAGGCCUUGAAUUGGUUGUUAGAAAAGGGAUUUAAGACUAUUGUAGAUCUUAGAGCAGAAACCAUAAAGGACAACUUUUAUGAAGCAGCCAUAGAUGAUGCUAUUUUGGCUGGGAAGGUAGAACUAAUUCGAAUUCCCAUUGAGGUUGGGACUGCACCUUCAGCAGAGCAGGUUGAAAUGUUUGCCUCGCUGGUUUCUGAUUUCAGCAAAAAGCCGAUAUACCUUCAUAGUAAAGAGGGAGUGCAGAGAACAUCUGCGAUGGUGUCCAGGUGGAGACAGUACAUGACUCGAAAGCCAUCUCAAUUCACCACUCCUAGUGGUAUGGUGGUACCGGAUGCAGGUGAAAUGGGAGAAAAGGCGCUCCUAAACCAGGAAAAUGGAUCACCUACACAGGCUCUGCAUGAGAUUUACUCUUCCAAUGGAUUAUCUCAUGGUGAAGCUGACUCUUCACUUAUAGAUGCGAAAGGCCAGAGCAUCAAUGGUACACUGAACGGUCUGGAUUUUGCUCAUGUAUCUUCGGAAACCAUUGAUAAAGAGGUAGGAUCCUUAUCAGAUGCUGGUUGGGUAGCUGACCCUCUAAACUCUCAGUUACCUCCUUGCGAUGUCUUCUCCAAGGCAGUGAUGUCAAGUUUCAUGAAGAGUAAAAAGGUCUCACCUUCCGCUUUCUCACAGCAUCAAUCCACAAAGGUUAAGAAGUUUACUGUUUUGAGAGACGGAAAAAUUGGGAAACAAAUUCAUGAGAUACCAGAGCUUUUCGAGAGAACAAAUGGAUUGGGAACUAGUAGGAGCUCAUCCCCAGGCUCUCAGAGAUCACUUGUUGUUGAGAAGCACCUGAAUAGUAGCAAUGGUCAACCUUUUGUGGGUGCUGAUGUGAAUGCUUUCAAUGCCCAUGAGAGGCAUUCCAUUUUGCAAAAUGGUGUCUCUACUAGUGUAAAUAAAAGCUUAAGUGAGCAUGUUAGAUGUAAUUCUGUUAAAUAUGAUUUGGAGAGCACAGAUGUAGGCCAUUCGUCAAGCUCCAGUGAUGAUGAGAUGGGCUCAUUGGGAGGAGACAUGUGUGCUUCUGCGACUGGUGUGGUAAGGAUACAGUCUAGGAAAAAAGCAGAGAUGUUCCUGGUACGCACAGAUGGAUUUUCCUGUACAAGGGAAAAAGUUACUGAAUCUAGCUUGGCAUUUACUCACCCAAGUACCCAGCAGCAGAUGCUCAUGUGGAAAACUCCACCCAAGACGGUAUUGUUAUUGAAGAAGCUGGGACAAGAACUCAUGGAAGAAGCCAAAGAGGUGGCUUCUUACUUAUAUCACCAAGAAAAUAUGAAUGUCAUCGUGGAACCGGAUGUUCACGAUAUAUUUGCUCGAAUGCCAGGUUUUGGCUUCAUUCAAACCUUUUAUAGUCAAGAUACAAGUGAUCUUCACGAGAGGAUUGAUUUUGUGGCAUGCUUGGGAGGUGAUGGCGUUAUACUUCAUGCAUCUAAUUUGUUCAGAGAUGCUGUUCCUCCUGUUGUGUCAUUUAAUCUUGGAUCGCUUGGUUUUCUCACUUCUCAUAGUUUUGGAGACUACAGGAAGGACCUAAGAAAGCUGAUCCACGUGAACAACACGGUUGGUGUGUAUAUAACUCUCCGGAUGCGUCUAAGGUGUGAAAUCUUUCGCAAGGGACAAGCAGUCCCUGGGAAAGUAGUUGAUGUCCUGAAUGAGGUGGUUGUUGAUCGGGGUUCAAAUCCAUACCUUUCAAAGAUUGAAUGCUAUGAACAUGACCGACUUAUAACCAAGGUGCAAGGUGAUGGAGUAAUUGUGGCAACUCCUACUGGCAGCACUGCUUACUCUACUGCAGCUGGAGGGUCCAUGGUGCACCCAAAUGUUCCUUGUAUGCUCUUUACUCCAAUUUGCCCUCACUCCCUCUCCUUCAGGCCAGUCAUACUUCCAGAUUCCGCGAGGCUCGAGUUGAAGAUUCCUGAGGAUGCUCGAAGCAAUGCGUGGGUUUCAUUCGACGGGAAGAGAAGGCAGCAACUAUCGAGAGGAGAUUCGGUCAAGAUAUCGAUGAGCCAGCACCCACUUCCUACUGUUAACAAGUACGACCAAACCGGUGACUGGUUUCACAGCUUGAUUCGCUGUCUCAACUGGAACGAAAGGCAAGAUCAGAAAGCCCUGUGA